AUGUCGCCGAAAGGAGAUGCAACAGACUGCGCAGCUAUACAUGUUACAGACAAUGCAGAUAUGUACCAGCUGUCCGCACGGGGGGGAGCUUAUCGGCGACCUAUGGUCUUCUGCGCUGACGCGCGUAGUAUAGCCAAACGUGAAAGCAGAAACAUUUUUUGUCAAUGGUCCAUUCAUGCAAAGCUCAUUACAGGCGAGUCUUACGGAGGUGUCUACGUACCCACGCUAACUUCACUUUUGAUAGACAACAUCAAGGCUGGCAACCUCCCAGGUUUGAAUUUGGUUGGUAUGGCUGUGGGAAAUGGAGAGUUAUCGGCAAUACAGCAGCUGAAUUCCAUCAUUCAUAUGGCUUACUUUCAUGGGCUUUAUGGAAAACAAGAAUGGGAUUCUCUCCAACAGUGCUGUCCCCAGACAAACUCUUCGACAUGGUUUGAAUAUUGUGACUUUUCACAAUUCAUCACCUUUGAUAGCGCUGGAAAUGCAAUUGCGAAAACAGGCACAGGUGUCUGUGGUACAUUGGUGGCCCAAAUGGGACAAACGGAUAUCUGGAACUCAUUAAAUGAUGUCUACAACAUCUACCAGGACUGCUACCAACAAAGCAGCAAAGUAUUCGGCAGUGGAAUGAAGCCAAAGCACCGACAAGGAAUUAUUGAGUAUUUUGUCGACCAAGGGGAGCAAAUCUCCACGUACUCGACCGACAGCCAAGGAGGAUUCCAAUGUUAUGCUUCAGAUGCUGCAGCUGUUUACCUCAAUCAACAGGAUGUACGAACCGCACUGCACAUUGCAUCUACAGCCGGGAACUGGUCAUCAUGCAACGAUGAUAUGAAUGAGCACUAUGUACAGCAGCAUAAUGAUACUGGCAAGGUGUUCGACCACAUAGUGCAGUCCGGGUAUCCGCUACGAGUCCUCAUCUACAACGGCGAUGUGGACCAGGCUUGCAACUUUUUGGGGGACCAAUGGUUUGUCGAAGCAUUGGCAGCGAGAUGGAAUAUGACAGUUUCUCAGGAUUUCAAAAGCUGGUGGUACCGUACUCAAAUCGCAGGAUACAUGAAGAAAUUCACUCGUGGACCUAUCUCUAUAGAUCUCCUCACGGUCAAGGGAGCGGGUCAUUUGGUGCCAUCAGACCGCCCUGGUCCAGCUCUGCAAAUGUUUGAGAACUUUUUACGUGAGGAAGACUAUAGCAAGCAAUUGCCUUUCAACUUUGAGCUACAUUCGCUUAAGAAGGACUAUCAAAAUCAGGUUAUGAGCUCUGCAAAGAAGAAGGAAGAGCGCGUUGGUCGUUCAACAAGGGCGCACAAAUUAAGCUCCAGACGAAAGGAUAAAAACAAAUCUGCUGCGUCGCGCCCGCUUCGCAUAUCUACUCCCGCUGGACCACCAAAUAUUGGCACAAAAGAACAGGAUCUUGUCGAAAAGGGUGCUUUGCCUGGUCUUACUUGGGAGCUCAACUUUAAACAUUAUUCUGGCUAUUUGGCCGCUAGUCCUGGAAACUAUUUGCACUAUUGGUUGACGGAAUCACAAAAUUCACCAGCAAAUGAUCCGUUGAUUCUUUGGCUCAAUGGUGGCCCUGGAUGCUCCUCCCUAGGUGGUCUUUUUGAGGAACUCGGUCCAUUCCAUGUCAAUCCUGAUGGCUCAACCUUGUUCGAAAACGUUUUCUCAUGGAACAAAGUCGGAAAUGUUCUUUUCUUGGAAGCUCCUCGUGACGUUGGAUUCUCCUACAGAAGUAGCGAUGCCGAAUCCGAUUCUACAUAUAACGAUGACUAUACUGCUGACGAUAAUGUUCUUGCUCUGGCGUCGUUCUUCGAAAAGUUUCCUGAAUACAAAAAGCGUCCAUUUUAUAUUUCCGGCGAGUCUUAUGGAGGUGUCUAUGUGCCAACGUUGACAAACGCUCUGAUCAAGAAAAUCCAGUCUAACGGUAACGACUCUAUGUCAUAUGUGAAUCUGAAAGGAGUAGCGAUAGGAAAUGGUGAGAUGAGUCAGAUUCAACAAAUUAACUCAGCUGUAUCAUUGCUGUACUUCCGUGGAGAGCAUGGGAAAAGUGACUACGAUGCGUUAUCGCAGUGUUGCGACUCAAGUAAACCUCAAACUUACUGCGAUUUUGUCUCUUACAUAACUCUCGACUCAGCCGGCAAUGCUUGGCCAAAGGUUAAUGACAAUUCCAUAGCUGGUCAGUGUGGAAGAAUGGUCGUACAGCAGGGCUUCGUCGAUGUUUGGGAAACAGCGAAUGACGUAUAUAACACCUUCCAAGACUGUUACUCGACAGCUUCUGAUGGUACAAGAUUCCGUCGCAAGAGAAGUGCUGACAAGCAGCCUUUAGUGAACACUAAACCAUUUGUGGACCAAGCUGGAAAGAUUAACUAUCAAUCCACGGAUGCGAAUGGUGGAUUUGCUUGCUUUAACGGAGAUGCCACUGAGGCUUAUUUGAAUCUAAGAGAAGUACGAAAUGCUACCCAUAUUCCAGCUGGCGUUCCAUAUUGGACCGAUUGCAAUGAUGAUAUGAACGAACACUAUAUCCAAGAAUAUAAUGAUACAACAGCUGUCUUUGAUGAUAUCUUAAAAAGCGGUUAUCCUCUCCGAUUUCUGAUUUAUAAUGGAGACGCAGACAUGGCUUGCCAAUUUUUGGGAGACGAAUGGUUUAUCGAGAAUCUGGCUGCUAAUCAUAAUAUGACUUCAUAUGAGAGAACACCAUGGAAUUACACGCAGGGAAGCUUUUUGCCAAGGAUAGGAGGCUAUGUAAAGUCAUUCAAUAAUAGCAAUGUGCAGUUUGACUUGCUGACUGUAAAGGGAGGUGGCCACUUUGUGCCAACGGAUCGACCUGGCCCAGCCCUGCAGAUGAUCUAUAAUUUUGUGAAUAAGCUCGACUAUAGUACAAACUUGACCCUUCCGUUGACUCGUCAGCCACUUUUAAAUCAAUAUAAGCCUAGUGUAAUGACAACUCCAAGAGUAGAAGCCGACAGGGUAUAUGAAUUGCCUGGACUUACUUUUGAACCAAACUUUCACUCACACUCUGGAUAUCUUAGUGCUAGCAGUGGCAGUUAUCUUCAUUACUGGCUGGUUGAAUCACAGAACAAUCCGCAAACAGAUCCACUGGUGCUAUGGCUCACCGGUGGACCGGGAUGCUCUUCACUCGGAGCUCUUUUGACAGAAAAUGGUCCAUUCCAUCCUAACCCUGAUGGAUCAACAUUGUUUGAGAAUGUUUAUUCGUGGAAUAAGGGCGCUAAUGUUCUAUACCUUGAAUCUCCGCGAUUGGUCGGUUUUUCGUAUCAGGAUCCGUCCGUAACCAACGAUACUGUAUGGAAUGAUGAUAAGACUGCCUCCGAUAUCUACUUGGCUUUGAAAGACUUCUUCACCGUUUAUCCUGACUUCGCUAGGAAUGACUUUUUUGUAACCGGGGAAUCUUACGGUGGCGUGUAUGUGCCAACGCUCACUCGGUAUCUGAUAGAACAGAUUCAAGGUGGCAACAUCACCCUCAACUUGGUUGGCAUGUCAAUUGGAAAUGGCAUGUUGAGUACUAUUCAGGAUAUCCGCUCCCUCCCCGACUUCAUGUAUUUCCACGGUAUCUAUGGGAAAAGCGAUUGGGACAAACUCCAUAAUUGCUGUCCAGCUUCAACCGGCAAUACAUCGCUAACAUACUGUAAUUAUGACUACUUCGUCACUGUCGAUCAGUCUGGUAACAUCCUUCCCAAGAAGUUCUCUAGUCCUUCUGAUCAGAACUGCGCCAAUAUGGUGGCCGACCUGGCCUUCAACAGGAUUUGGAACACAGAAAACUACGUCUACAAUCUCUACCAAGACUGUUACACUCAAACAACGGCCAUGUUUGGUUCGGCUGCUGACUUGAAACCGAAAGUUCAUCAUGAUGGACCAGCUCGUUUCGCUCAUACGUUUGCUGAGCAAAUGGCAAACCUUGUGCCCUCACCUUCGAUGCUUGACCCGUUAUCCACGGAUAAUUUCGGUGGCUUCCAAUGCUAUAUGGUUGAUGCCGCUACCAGAUAUCUAUCCCAAACUCAUGUCCGACAAGCGCUACACAUUCCGGACUACGUUCAGCGUUGGGAUUUUUGCAGCGAUCUCGUUGGGAACAACUAUGUCUUGCAAUACAAUGAUACAACAUCUGUUUUUGAGGAUAUUCUGGACAGCGGAUAUCCUUUGAGAGUUCUAAUCUACAAUGGGGAUGCGGAUACAGCAUGCAGCAUGUUCGAAGCUGAGUGGAUGAUCGAAUCAUUUGCAAAAGACAACAAUUUGGUUCCGAGUCAACGAAGCCCAUGGACAUAUGCUCAACAAAUUGCUGGAUAUGCAAAACGCUUCCAGAGUCAAAAUCUAAAUCUCACUAUCGAUCUGCUCACAGUAAAGGGAGCCGGGCAUUUUGUGCCAACAGAUCGCCCUGGUCCAGCGCUCCAGAUGAUCUCCAACUUCUUCGCCGGUCACAGUAAUUACAAUAACACAAUUCCUUACGACCUCACGCGUAAACCUCUUUUGAGGCAGUACCAGGAGAAAGGUAAUGGCCCUACUAACCCCAUUAACGCAACCACCACGACUGCUUCUUCUCUUACCUCAACCACCAGCAACGGAGCCACCAAUCCAACUGAUUCAUCGCCAUCCAAUAACACUACUGCCACCACCAUCAGCCGUAAACCUGACACUCCUGUUACCCGCACUCCUUCUCCGACGGCUCCAACGUAA